AUGUCCGACUCACAACGGAUUAGAAGAAAAGGACCAGGAUUAGAGGAAAAUGGCCAGGAUUCGAGGGAAAAGGGUCAGGAUAAGAGGAAAAGGACCAGGAUUACAGGAAAAGAGCCAGGAUUAGAAGAAAAUGGCCAGGAUUCAAGGGAAAGGGCCAGGAUUAGAGGAAAAGGAAAAUGGCCAGGAUUAGAGGGAAAAGGGCCAGGAUUCGAGGGAAAAGGGUCAGGAUUAGAGGAAAAGGACAAGGAUGAGAGGAAAAAAUCCAGGACUAGAAGAAAAAGGCCAGGAUUAGAGGGAAAAGGCCAGGAUAACGGUAAAUGGUCAGGAUUAGAGGAAAAGGAUCAGGAUAAUGGUAAAUGGCCAGGAUUAGAGGAAAUAGACCAGGAUAAUGGUAAAUGGCCAGGAUUAGAGGAAUUAGACCAGGAUAACGGUAAAUGGCCAGAAAUAGAGGAAAAGGACCAGGAUAAUGGUAAUUGGCCAGGAUUAGAGGAAAAGGACCAGGAUAAUGGUAAUUGGCCAGAAUUAGAGGAAAAGGACCAGGAUAAUGGUAAAUGGCUAGGAUUAGAGGAAAUAGACCAGGAUAAUGGUAAUUUGCCAGGAUUAGAGGAAAAGGACCAGGAUAAUGGUAAUUGGCCAGGAUUAGAGGAAAUAGACCAGGAUAAUGGUAAUUGGCCAGGAUUAGAGGAAAUAGACCAGGAUAAUGGUAAUUGGCCAGAAUUAGAGGAAAAGGACCAGGAUAAUGGUAAUUGGCCAGAAAUAGAGGAAAAGGACCAGGAUAACGGUAAUUGGCCAGAAUUAAAGAACAAUGUCCCGCAAAUUUAA